AUGAGGGUUGAAAUAAAUGGCAAUCUUCAUUUCUCAUACGCUGAAAAAUCACCUGGAAAAAUCAAUGGAAUUCACGUCAUCAGCGAAGAACCUUAUCACAUAAUUCAACCGCCGAAUAGAUGUCCUGAAGGUACGAAACCAGAUGCGACUGGAAAAUGCAGAACGGUUUGGUCUUUGAAUUUAUUACCAAAACAAAACAAACAUGAUGAUAAUAAAAAAAUGGAAGGAAUACACAACCGUAGAAAUUUCUAG